UGGCUCUGGUCGUGACGUCAAUCCGUGACGCAGUUCAUCCUCCAUCACUACUAGUCGAGCCCACUGACAGAAAACACCACCUAGAAACGAAGCGAGCCCUCACGAUUCGUGGAAAUAUGUAGUUAGCUCGCAUAGUUCAGCAUAUUUCGACAACAGGAGGUUUGGUGGAGCUGAGCAGUUACAUGGAAAGUUAUCAUGGGUGGCCAUGAUGAUGAAGACAUGUCAUAUGUUGUGAAUAAACAAAAACAAGAUGAAGAGCUAAAGAACAAGCUGAAUGACAGCAGCCACUGGUGCGACCAGGAGUCCACUGGCAACAAUGCCAAGUGGGUCAAAGAAGGCCGGAACCAGCUGCGGAAAGUAGCCGAGAACCAGCAGGACCAGGACCACAACUGCAAUAUCAGCCAGAAUGGGAACAAAGAAGACUUCCCUCAUCAGACCACCACUCAGGAAGAACAACAGGGAAACGAGGACCAGACCAAGUCUCCCAAAAUAGCAAUGACCCCUGGUCUCAGUCAGGAGGAGUCCAAGAACAUCCUUAAUGAGCCGUUACUCAUCGACACUCUGGAGCCUACAGAAGAGAAAGAUAAAGAGAGAGAAGAAGAUGGCAAAGAGAAGGAAAACAAAUCAGAGGAAGAUGAAGAGACAUCAGGUGAUACCAGAGGAGUGACAGACGAACAGAGUAAUGUGGAGUCUCAGAGAGAGGGCAGUGUUGUGGGGAGAAAUGCCUGCCUCCUGUUCUCCAACAUGAAUGGGACACCAAAUGAUGAAGAGGCCAGCUGGCCUGCACUGUCUCAGGACAACACAGCUGAGGGCUCUCCAAAUGGCAACAGAGAGUCCUUUUGGGAUUCCAGUGCUUUUGAGACAGACACAGACCUGCCUUCAGGAUGGAUGAGGGUGCGAGAUACAUCAGGCACAUACUACUGGCACAUCCCCACAGGCACCACCCAGUGGGAGCCUCCUUCACCCCUGGGUAAAGUUGAUGACUCCAUGAUGUCCUCGACUAUGUCCCUGGAGACUACACCCUGUGAGGAGCCUGAGGAAUCCUGGGCUCAGCUUUCCAGCACAGAUGAAGGAGCUGGCGAAGGGGAACUAUGGAAGGAGGAGGGAGAGGUUGCAUCUGAUCAAAGUCUGAAGGAGUUUGAGGGGGCAACUCUACGCUAUGCAUCCAUCAACCUGAAUUACAAUUACUCCCAGUCUGAGGAAGAAGAAAAGCUUGCCCCACUCUGCACAGAUUUAGAAACUAAGUGUUUUGCAGUGCGUUCCCUGGGUUGGGUAGAGAUGUCUGAGGAGGACAUGGCACCCGGCAAGAGCAGUGUUGCUGUCAACAACUGCAUCAGACAGCUCUCUUAUCAUAAACACAACCUUCAUGACACUGCUGGUAUCUGGGGAGAGGGUAAGGAUAUGCUGAUGGUCCUGGAGAAUGACACUAUGAACUUGAUCGACCCACUGGGCCAGACUCUGCUUCAUGCUCAACCGAUUGGCAGCAUCCGUGUUUGGGGUGUUGGCAGAGACAACGGCAGGGAAAGGGAUUUUGCUUAUGUGGCCCGAGACAACCUGACCCAAGUUCUGAAGUGUCAUGUUUUCCGCUGUGACUCACCUGCCAAGAACAUAGCCACCAGCUUACAUGAGAUGUGUUCAAAGAUAAUGAUGGAGAGAAAGGCGACCAAGCCAGGAGUGAGCAGGCUCAGCUCUGACCCGAGUAACCCUGUGGUCAUCCCGGUUGAAGAGUUUCCUGCUCCAAAAAAUGAACUCUUCCAGCACUUCCAUGUUUAUUACCUUGGUUGUGAGUCUGUGGCUAAGCCAGUUGGUAUGGAUGUAAUAAAUGAUGCGCUUGAGGUAGCAGUGAAUAGUAAAGAUAAAAGUGAAUGGACUCCUGUCUCUGUGAAUGUCGCACCAGCCACCCUCACAAUACUUUCAAAACAGAAUGAGGAGGUGCUGUCAGAGUGCAGGGUGCGUUUCCUGUCUUUCAUGGGUGUGGGAAAGGACGUCCACACCUUUGCUUUCAUCAUGGCGGAGGGUCCCAGAGACUUCACCUGUCACAUGUUUUGGUGUGAACCCAACGCUGCCAGUCUGAGUGAGGCUGUGCAGGCUGCCUGCAUGCUUCGCUACCAGAAAUGUUUGGAUGCACGUCCGCCCAGCCUAGCCUCCUGCCUGCCCACUCCUCCUGCUGACUCUGUGGCUCGACGGGUCAAGAAGGGGGUGCAGAGUCUGCUGGGCAGCUUUAAGAGCUACAGGUCAGGCUCUCAGUCCCCUUGAGUUGGAGUGAAGAUGAUCCACAGUCCAUUAAACACAAGGUCCAUCACCACAUCCCCUUCUCAAUCUCACUUCUUCUCCUCCUCCUCAUCCUUCUGCCACAGUUUCGCCUUACGACCGUUUCACUUGUCUAGUCAAUAGUAUAUUGUGUGGAGUAGUUUGUGAGGAAAAUGUGUGUCUAUUUUUUUUCUUUGCUGGGAUUCUUUCUGUGAGUCUUAACUAUUUUUGUGUUUUAACAGAAACAAUGCUAUGAAUGUUGGAUUUGGAUGUUGCUAGAUUCUCUCACAGAAAUGGUCUCGUUCCCCUUUUCCUCCUUGGUGCAAUUAUCAUCUCUAACGCUCCUCUUUUUCUACUUUUAAAGAAGGUACUGUAACACGGUCGUCGUCAGUUGGUGUCAAGUAACCUAAUAUUGAUUUUCUAAAACAUGAUUGCACCUCUCUCUCACCUUAGGUUGUAAUACAAGCGCUGUAGGCGUCUCAGUAGUGUGCCACGUAGUUAUAUGUCCCUGUCCCUGACCCUCCCAGACAAUGUAUUGUAGUCUUCCAAAGAUCUGUAUGGUCAUCUGUCAUUUAGUGAGCAACCACUGAUUUGAGUGUAGUGUGUUUCUCAUACAUUCUGCAUGAACGUUUGCAAGUUCAGUGCUAGUGUGCAAUAAUCAGAUGUUCCUGUAUGGUGUGGUGAUAAGAUGGCUGCCAUGUGAUUAUUUGUUCACUUUAAUGAGAGAGUCUGGCUAGAUUGAGUGUGAGGCUAAUGGAACAACAGAGCCAUGCUGAAAAUCAUUAUCUUGCGAUAGAAAUAAUAGUAAUAAAAAAUACAAACUCUGGGUUUUCACACAGCCAUUUACCAACAAUAACUACUGAAUAGUACUGUAGAAACUUGCCACAAGCUGCAUGUUUUGAUAGCUUAGAGUUCUUGCUGCUUGCAGCAGUUUAGUGCUUAAGACCCAUCAAUGUAUACUGUAAAUUCCUUCUCUAUGUUUCUGUAUGGUAAGAGGAGGCUGGAGUUGAUGUGUUGUUUCGUGUUUCAUUGGCAUGUCACUCUAGUUAGUGUCAGUGUAUCAUAAGCUAGCAGUAGAAAGUUAGACUUCCUGUCAGUUCCUUCAGAGUGAAAAGAUGAGAGCAGGUUAAUGUUUGUAUUUACAGUUUGUGUAUAUGGGAAACCUAGAGAUGAUUCUCCAGUGGUUUACAUUUUUAUUUUUUCCUUGGCCACCUUUUGACGUGUGGACUCUGGCCACUCCAGUUAAUGUAUUUUGUAUUGUUAACACGCACUACAAUGUACACUGUUAAGAUGGUUUUCACAUUAUCUCGUUAGAUUUACUUUUUUAUAAAGAACACACUAAUUAGCCAAGUCGUAUUUUAUCUUUAUGUGUCUGUCAGUGAUCAAUACUUUAUGUAGCACAAUAGUAAUAGACAUCUCAAAUAUUAAAGUUGCAGUUUGUAAGAUAUUUUGGACAUUUGCCUUUGCAAGGCAUUUGUUUGGCCAUGUUGUCUGAGACAUUGGUAGCUACUUACUGGAUAUCCUCAGGCUAACUGACUCAGCUACAUAGAAAUAAGUCUACAAAUAAAAACCAAACCACAUCAGAAUAUGUUGUAUUACACAUAGAUAUUUUACAGGAAAAGUAUCACUCAAUUAAAUUACAACAAAAUAUUGUCAAAAGGAAUAUAUAGACAUGCAUAACAAAUACAACUUUGUAUUUAAAAACAUAAAAUACAUCUUUGAAACAGUGAUUUCCUUAGUGGAUAACGGAUUAUGCCCACUAUAUCAUGCUGAUAUAAAAAGUGAUACUUCGUGUUAAAUCUAACUGGUGCAUAAUGAAAAUAAAGCCAUUUUUAAUAAUUAAUAAUUUUAAUUAAGUCUCCUUUACCUGCUGUCAGCAUUGCAUUGUUCACAACUUCAGAUUUUUUUUUUUUAACUUUCUAGAUGUUUUGUCAUCUUUGAUAUUAUUUCUAUAUUGCAAAAAGCAGAAAUCUGAAUUGUCCUCAAAAGAGUUCUAAGAGAAGUUUGGUACUUGUAAAAUAUAUAGCGACAAAAUAUAUAAUCCAUGUUUGAAACAUAUGGAUUGGGAAUGUGAGUAUAGAGAAGUGUGACACUGUGUUCUUGAGAUUUCCGACUAUAAAGCUGUCAUGGAGUCUGUUCUGUUGUCUGACCUUAUUUAAUGACCUUGUCACCCAAUUUUGAAAGCAAAGCAGUGCUUUGUGAUGCCUGGCCUUUCUCAAACUUUCAUUCAUAGAUUCCUAUAGAUGUUUUUAACAUUUUAGAAGUUAUCAAACACUAAAACUCUUACCAACUGCUUCUUUAUAUGUGUAAUAUAUAACACUAAUAAAAAUUAGACUACAUUGACUCAUAUUACUGCCUUGUCACUCAUGUGUCACUAUUUUUGCUUUUUCUCCUUUGACGUUUGCUGUGUCCAGUCAGUGGCAACACUAAAGCCAGAUGAGUUAAAGAACAUUAGCAGAUUAAUUUAUUUCUGUUCAUGUAAAUUAGGUGUAUAAAAUGUAUGUAUUUAAAAGUCACUGCACAAUAAAUGUGAACAUAUCAUAA